AUGAUUGAGCUAGGAUUGAGUCGCGUCUCGAGUCUCCUUCAACAGAGCUCAUUGACAUGGAAGGCUAUUCACAUUGCAGGCACUAACGGUAAAGGCUCGAUCAGUGCCUAUCUCUCCCACCUACUGUCAAACGAAGGUGUUCGAUGCGGCCGCUUCACCUCCCCACACCUAAUCGACCGAUGGGACUGUAUUACAGUUGGCGAACGGGUGGUUCAAGAAUCGUUGUUCCGACAAAUCGAAGACCAAGUGAAGCUCCGAGACCAAAGGUUAGGCAUUGGCGCAUCCGAGUUCGAGCUCUUGACCGCGACGGCAUUCGAAAUCUUCAACCAUGAAAAGGUCGAAGUUGGUGUCAUUGAAGUAGGAAUGGGUGGUCGUCUAGAUGCGACGAAUAUAUUGAGCGAUGUUCUGGUCUCCGUCAUCGCCAAGAUUGGAAUGGACCACCAAGCAUUCUCGGAUCUACAAUUGAGGAAAUAG